CAAGAAUUCUAGAAAGCACCACGAGUCAAAGCACAUGGUUUUAUUUGAAUGAUUCAGGCGGCGAUACGCUCGUGCUCGGGAUUUUGCUGAGGUAGUAUCCUGCCCAGGCGGGAUUGUAUUGCAUCACUUUUAGUGCUAGCACAUCAUCUAUAGCUGAUGCCGGUGCUAGCCGUGUACCAGGAAAUAUUAGAAGCGGUUCUGCAUCGAAAAUUAACGGUUGAAUUAUUGUUGGUAAAGGCUGAGAAUUUUUGAAAGUCAAGAUGGCAGAUUCGACUGUUUCAUCGGCGACCGAGAGGACGCCGAUUAAAUCUGCUGUCUAUGGUGCGAAACCUGCAGAGGCUGAGAAUGGGCCUAGGCCGGCGGAUGGAAUUACAGGUUUAUAUGAAGGAAAUAUCUUCGAGGCGUCACCUGAGAAUCGUCGACAGCUGGGUGUAUUCAGUGCCACACUACUAAUUUUCAACCGUGUUAUUGGAACUGGUAUAUUCGCGACACCAGGGACUAUUCUAUCUCUGUCGGGUAGCGUUGGUCUCUCACUUUUCAUGUGGGUUAUUGGCACAUUUAUCGCUAUGGCUGGAACAGCGGUCUAUAUGGAAUGGGGCACGGCUAUCCCAAAAAACGGAGGCGAGAAGAACUACCUCGAAUAUGUGUACAAAAAACCCAAGUUCCUGGCCACGGCCAUGUUCGCUGCGUACGCCUUUCUCCUAGGUUGGGCUGCAAGCAACAGCGUGGUCUUUGGCCAGUAUAUCCUCAACGCCGCUGAGAUUGAGGUUGAUCGAUGGAAUCAGCGUGGUAUUGGAUUGGCCUGCCUCACAGCUGCAUUCCUCGUGCACUCCAUCGCUCUCAAGUGGGGUAUUCGUCUCCAAAAUCUACUCGGUAUUAUCAAAUUGAUUAUCAUUUUGUUCAUUGUCGUGUCGGGAUGGGUUGCUCUGGCUGGACACACGAAGGCUGAGACGCCGCAUAACUUCCGGAAUGCGUUUGAAGGAACGAAAGGCAGUGGGUACAGCAUUGUUAUGGCACUGUACAAUGUCAUUUGGUCAUUCAUUGGAUACUCUAAUGCUAAUUAUGCCCUGAGCGAGACCAAAAACCCAGUUCGCACCUUGAAGAUCGCCGCGCCACUCGCAAUUGGCACUGUCGGUAUUCUAUACAUGUUUGUCAAUAUUGCCUACUUUGCAGCAGUAUCAAAGGAAGAAAUGUUGGAAUCGGGCACUGUGGUCGCUGCAGUGUUCUUUGGAAAUAUGUUCGGCAAGCAGGCCGAGAAAGUCAUGUCGGUCUUUGUGGCUCUGUCAGCAUUUGGGAAUGUUUUGUCGGUGCUGUUCUCGCAAGGUCGAGUUGUUCAAGAGCUCGGUCGAGAGGGCGUCUUGCCCUUCUCCAAAUUCUUUGCCAGUAAUUGGCCUUUCCAUUCACCAGCCGCCGGCCUAUUCGAGCACUACAUUGUGUCGGCGAUCAUUUUGCUUGCUCCUCCACCUGGCGAUGCAUAUAAUUUCCUUCUCAACCUCAUCUCAUACCCCCUCUCGAUCAUCAACGUGUUUGUUUCAGGUGGCCUCAUCUAUAUCUACCUGAACCGGAGCACCAAGUACCCCAACUGGAACCCUGGAAUCCGGGCAACUCUCCCAGUGACUGUGUUCUUCUUGUUGUCGAAUGUGUACUUGGUUAUUGCUCCCUAUGUGCCUCCCGAUGCUGGCCAGAACGUCUACGAGCAGCUGCCAUACUACCUGCAUUGCGUUGUGGCUUUGGGGUUGUUUGCGUUCGGAGCUCUUUACUAUGUUGUCUGGGCCGUACUGCUGCCUCGGUGGGGUGGUUAUGUGCUUGUCAAGGAAUCGGUGGUGGAUGCUGAUGGCUGGUCGCGGAGUGUGUUUACGCGGUUGCCGCUAACUCCUGCAGGACGUCCCUAGACGGGAUGGAUUGAUUUAAGACGGUAGAUAUACGAGGAUUCGAAUG